AUGCAGUGUCCUGCGCAAGUGUAUCCGCCGAAUUCGCGCCUGUUUGUCGUCUGCGGCCGCCUCAUCGGGAACGAGGAGCUAGAUGGACUCUUCUCGCCAUUCGGCAACGUUGUGUCCGUACGAAUAGCGCUCGACAGAUCCAACAAGUCGCGGGGGUUUGCAUUUGUGCAAUUCACAGAGGCGACAGAAGCCGCGGCGGCCAUUGAAAAAUUGCAUGGAGCAAUCGUGCAUGGGCAUACGUUCAAGGUCAGCCUCGCCCACGCGUCGUCUCCGAAAGGCAAGAAAAAGGAGGGUGGGAUGAUGCUUCCAUCAGGAAAGCGAGCGCGGGACGACAGAGGCGACAAGACAACCCACGCCAGUAAACGCACAGGAGCAGCGACGGUGUCGUCGUUGCAUGGAACAACGUCGACACCCUCACCACCCACAGAGCUCCAAUUGGUGCAAUCCGUCUUGUCCGACAUAGUGCAACAGAUCGUCGACAUGACAGUCACGUCGUCGUUGAAACCACCAUCCUCGACCGUUUCCACUUCCCUCAAGCGCAAGGACAGCGACGCCGACUCGAGCGCAGACACACACACGUACAACAAACGGCAAACGCCCGUCAAGCCGUCCUCGGCCCACCACCAUUCACGUGCUGCGGCGGUAUCGGACUUUCUGCCCCGAAAGAUGCCCAAACGUCCGCCGCCGCCCCCGAUCUUCAUUCGACCCCCGCCGCCACCUUGUAGCACGCGACUCUUUGUCACGAGUCUCUACGAGUACACACACCAGGAACUGCAUGCGAUGUUCCACGUCUAUGGCGAUUUCGAUCAUGUGCAGAUGGUGCACUGCCAAGGCAAACUCCACACCAUGGCAUAUGUCCAAUACACCAAGAUGUCCACGGCGCAAUACGUGGUCGAAUCCUUUGCCGACGACCGAUCGUUGCUGCAUGUACUGUUUGCUGACGAAACCAAGCAAACGUCAAGGAUUAUGCUGAAUUGGCUCCAUAUUGGGUGUACCAUGCCUGCGAAUAUGCUCACGACGAUCGUCUCGCAGUGCGACGGCAUGGAGUUUAUCGACAUCAUUCCACUGUCGUCUGGUUCUGCCACCUCGGGUCGUUGUAACGUCAAGUUUACGAACGAAGCGAUGGCUCGGGCGGCGUUUGGGUACCUUCGGACGUUGCCGUCGAUCCUGUCGCUGCAGUUGAUUCCAGACCCAACCUCUACCUACGACGUGGACAUUCGAGCUGUAGAAAACCAAUUUGCCCACCUCAUGUCCACGCCAUACUACCCAUCCAUUUGUAGUGCGCCACCCUCAUCCUCCACGCCGACAUGUGCUGCCCCAGCCGUACCUGGUGCUGACGACGACGACGACUUGGUGUGGCUCCACGUCACAAGCCCAUCGCCUUGCACAUGGUCCAGCAUCCAAAGCGUGGUGACGCCCGUGCCAGUGCUGGAUUUGGUCGUGGAAGGUGACAAUGACGACGACGGUGGUGCUCGCAAGAGCCAGACGACUAGUACUACUAGUACUACUAGUAGUAAUACUUGUAGUCCCCCCCCCACCACCAUUGACAGUACUAGCGACGACAUCGCUUGCUCAAAGUCGCCCUUCUUCAACGCGUGGGUACAGUUCGGAUCCGCCAAGCACGCGCUCGCGGCCCUGCGCACUUUGCAGCAAGAUACCGCGCCGUUUGUCCAUGUGGCGGUGGCGCCGCCCAUGCAGCGCCAUGCCAAGAAAGCCAAGCGAUGGGUCUGAUAAAUGCUUGGGAUUUUAAAAAUGAUAGUAUUUUUCCCAAUUAACGUUAUAUUAG